CUUUCGUUGACUAUCUGGUUGCACUUUUUAUAUUCUAUUUUCUUUUUCAUUACUGUUUUUUGUUAUGAUAAAUUGCUGUGCUUAUUCAGGCGCUCUAUGAUUUGACUGGGGAAAGAUAACUUGUAUCAGGAGUUCACAAAGAGGGAAGUUUAACAAGUACAUGGAAUGAAAAACACAACUUGCCAAAGACCCCAAACACAAAGGGAAGGAAUUCCUUUUCGUCUAUGGAAACACCAACCAGAAGCUCCAAAAGAAGUCGCUUGUUUUAUGAGGAGGAUGACAAACCGAUAAAUUCAAGAUCUCCAAGAAGAAGUCAGAGAGUUACAAUGGUGCCCCAGAAACUUGCAACUGCUGCUACACCAGAUAAAAAAGUAUCACAGAAGAUUGGGCUUAGGUUGCGGAAUCUCCUCAAACUUCCAAAAGCGCACAAGUGGUGCAUCUAUGAGUGGUUUUAUUCUAAUAUAGACAGGCCAUUAUUUGAAGGGGACAAUGACUUCUGUGUUUGUUUGAAAGAGUCAUUUCCAAACCUAAAAACCAGAAAGUUGACCCGAGUAGAAUGGGGGAAAAUCAGAAGGUUGAUGGGAAAACCAAGACGGUGUUCAGCAGCGUUCUUUGCAGAGGAGAGAUCGGCAUUAAAGCAGAAACGACAGAAAAUCAGAGUACUGCAGCAGAGAAAGGUCACAGAUGUGUCACACUUCAAAGAUCUUCCAGAAGAAAUCCCACUGCCUUUAGUAAUAGGGACGAAAGUGACAGCUCGACUGAGAGGUGUACAUGAUGGGUUGUUUACUGGACAGAUAGAUGCUGUUGAUACCAUUGCUGCUACCUACAGAGUCACAUUUGACAGGAAUGGCCUGGGAACACACACUGUUCCUGACUACGAAGUACUUAGCAAUGAACCUCAUGAAACAAUGCCCAUCUCUGCCUUUGCACAAAAACAGCGACCUUCCAGAUUCCAGACCUUCAUGACCCCACCCCACAUGCCUUACACACCGUCUGCCCAGUCUCCUAUCACGGAUAAUGAUCCCUACCUGGGACAGUCACCUUGGAAAAGUAAGCUAAGUGGUUCUGAAGGAGACACCUUGGGUGGCUUUCCAGUAAAAUUUCUUGUGCAAGUCACAAGAUUAUCCAAAAUCCUUAUGAGCAAGAAGGACCAUAUCAAGCAGUUAAAAGAAAUGAACACGGAAGCUGAAAAACUGAAAUCCUAUUCAAUGCCAAUUGGUAUUGAGUUUCAGAAGAGGUAUGCCACCAUUGUCCUGGAUUUGGAGCAGCUCAACAAAGACCUGAACAAAGUUUUGCACGAAGUUCAGCAGUAUUGCUAUGAGAUCGCUCCAGAGCAGGGUAUGCAACCUGCAGACCAGCCAACAGAUUUGCGGAGAAAAUGUGAAGAGGAAGCCCAAGAAAUGGUCAGACAGGCAAACACCUUACCAAGUGGGCAACACUGUGUCCAGAAUGAAAGCCUCACGGAUCUUAUUUCUGGGCUUUCAGCUGUGUUGCUACAGAUAAAGUGCUUAGCAGAAGGGGGAGACUUGAACUCAUUUGAAUUUAAGUCACUGACGGAUUCAUUGAAUGACAUCAAGAGUUCAAUUGAUGUUUCAAAUAUCAGUUGCUUCCAGAAUAAUGUAGAGAUCCAUGUUGCGCAUAUUCAGAGUGGUUUGAGCCAGAUGGGGAAUCUUCAUGCUUUUGCUGCCAAUAACACCAACAGGGAUUGAUUUUUUUUUUAACAAUGUAUUUCAGUAGAAACAACCUUGAAACUAUCUACACUGUAAAUAUCUCUUACAAGUACCCAUGUAUCCACAAAUGGACUUUGUUAUAACAUUAAUAGUUUAGACUGUUAUUCAAAGUACUUUGACAUUAAUACAUAGAUGUGGGGUAUUUUAUGUGUCUUGCACACUGUGCAAGAGUCUAUUUUUUGUGUUUUUUAUGUUUUAAAAGCUUCAGUCAGGGUUUUUGUUCUGAUGGAUGUUUGUUUUUGUUUUGGAGGUUUAGGGUCAAUGAGCCUGUCCUCUUGUAUAGUAAUGAUUGAUGCAUCUGAUUGCGUAAAAGUGGCUGUUGCAAACAUUCAGUAUAGGCAAGUGUGUGAACUUAUGGUGUAUUUAUGUUCUCCUGCAAUCCACUACAAUGUUUUUUGUUUUUUUUAAUCCUUUCUUUUACUGUGGAAGUAAAAUGGAAAUCCUGGAUAUGAAAUUCUUAAGACGUCUGUCUUCACACAGGUUCUAGGCCCCAUGCUGGCCGGGGUUGAUGGUUUUUUGUUUUGCCUUCCCCUCCCCCUCCAUCAGUUUGUAAGAUUGAACAGGAAUCUGGUUCAAUCCUCACUGUCCCUGAUAUAAAUAUCCUAUUGUGUGUUUUUUUUUUUUUUUUUUUUUUUGGGGGGGGGGGGGGCACUCGGUUACACAAAAACACAUCAAAACA